GUUGUGUGUCUAAUAUUCCUCCAGUGCUGUGCAAGUUGAAUUACAGUGAGUGACGCUUUCCCUAGCUGCCCAGACACACUUGUGAAGGGACGUGGCUUCAACAAACAAGACACAGACGUGAGUGAUACCAACUCUGUUCCGUGAAUUCUACCCACCAGCAAGACUGCAUGAUCUCCCCACAAUAAAGGAGACCAUGGUGAAGAGAGUUGCAAUUAUCGGAGCUGGCGUGAGUGGACUGACCUCCAUCAAGUGCUGCCUGGAUGAGGGGCUGGAGCCCACCUGCUUUGAGAGGAGUGAUGACAUCGGGGGUCUCUGGAGAUUCACAGAACAUGUUGAAGAUGGGAGGCCCAGCCUUUACAAAUCCGUGGUCAGUAACACCUGCAAGGAGAUGUCGGCCUUCACAGACUUCCCGUAUCCUGAGGAUUUUCCAGUCUUUCUGUCCAAUUCCCAAGUCCUGGAGUAUCUCAGGAUGUAUGCCAAGCAUUUUGGCCUUCUGAAGCACAUCCAGUUCAAGACCACAGUCAUCAGUGUAAGGAAAUGCCCAGAUUUCUCUGCCACUGGCCAGUGGGCUAUUGUCACGGAGUCUAAUGGGAAGCAGGAGUCAUCUGUCUUUGAUGCUGUUAUGGUUUGCAUUGGCUAUCUCUCUGAUCCAUCCCUGCCGCUGGAGUCUUUUCCUGGGAUAGAGACAUUUCAAGGCAAGUACUUUCACAGCCGCUAUUACAAGCAUCCAGAUGUGUUUGAGGGGAAGAGAGUCCUUGUGAUUGGCAUGGGGAAUUCUGGAGUGGAUAUCGCCAUUGAGGCCAGUCGUGUAGCUAAAAAGGUGAUGAUCAGCACUGGCCGAGGUGCGUGGGUGAUCAGUCGGGUGUUUGACAAUGGUUACCCAUGGGACAUGGUCUUCCUAACUCGUUUCAUGAAUGUGAUCCGGAAUUCCCUCCCUGGGCCCAUUACAACGUGGCUGGUUGCGCACAGGACGAGUCAGUGGUUUGACCAUGCAAACUACGGCCUGAUACCUAAGGACAGAGAUGUGAUACGGGAGCCUGUGCUGAAUGAUGACCUUCCAGGCUGUAUCAUCACUGGGAAAAUCAGCAUAAAACCAAGUCUGAAGGAGAUCAAGGAAAACUCAGUCGUGUUUCAAAAUAGCCCCACGGAGGAACCUGUUGACAUCAUAGUCUUUGCCACAGGAUACAAGUUCUCCUUCCCUUUCCUUGAGGAAUCUGUUGUCAAAGUCGAAAAGAAGCAGGCAUCCCUGUACAAAUAUAUCUUCCCCCCUCAUCUGGAGAAGCCAACCCUGGCCGUCAUUGGCCUCAUCAAGCCAUUUGGUGCAGUCAUGCCAGUUGUAGAAAUUCAAGCUCGCUGGGUCACACGAGUCUUUAACGGCUUGUGUCAGCUGCCUCCAGUGAGCACCAUGGUGGAAGAGAUCAACGAGACGAAGAAAAACAAAAUUCGCUGGUUCGGUUUGUCUUAUGAUGAGAUCCUGAAAACUGAUUGCCUCGUGUAUAUUGAUGAACUUGCCUCCUUGAUCGGCACAAAACCCAGUGUGCUGACUCUGCUCUUCAAAGAUCCAAUCCUGGCCAUGAAAAUUUUCUUUGGUCCAUGCACAGCAUACCAGUACCGCCUGACUGGGCCGGGGAAGUGGGAUGGAGCCAGAAAUGCCAUUCUGACCCAGUGGGAGCGAACAGUGAAGCCCACAAAAACACGAGUUGUAGAGGAGCCUCCAAACUUCUGUUUCAAUUUGCUUAAACUAAUCGGCCUUUUUGCUCUCUUCGCUGCAAUUUUUCUUGGUUUCAAGUAGUCCUGGUGUGAUGUACAGCCUGCGUGUAUAAAUCUUUUCUGGCUAGACAAUAUCUCUAUAUGGGGAGGCAGGAAAGCAAUACAUACAAAGGUCCUGUAAGAACAGAAGGGUUACUAAAUCAAACUUUAACCAAUGUCACUAAAACAUUUCUCCUCUAACUAAACUACACACCAAGAUUGGUCUACCUGAGACCAUUGCACAGAUUUAACUAAAUGUGUGAUGGUAAACUGGUGCAGGCCCCUGUGUGGACACUCAUUUCUUUUAAAAGUGAUUUAUUUAGGGCUAGCUUAAAUCGGAUAGGAAUAGAUGUCUAGGAAAGAGAUGCUUUAACUCAGCCGGAAGCUGUGGGCGUGAUUCAGGAAUUAGUAGAUGGGAUUCUUUGGCCUGUGCUAUGCAGGAGGUCUGGCUAGGAGACCAUAAUUGUCUCUUCUCCCCUAAUAUUGACUUUUGUCAGAUAAAGGAAUGGGAAAUGUAAAGUCCCUGGGCUUUAAUAAUCAGUUGUUAAAAUCGCAAGGCUCCACACCUGCAAGACGCUGAGAUUCCUCAAAUCUCUCUGGAGUUAGUUGACAUCAAGGGUGUUCAGCACCUGUGACGGAUUGAAUCACAGAAACCCCCUUGGGAACUGCCAACUGAUGUGCCAAGACUACUUCUGCCCUGCUUUCCCUGCCAGUCUGGGACUCCAGCACCUUGUCUUGUUGAGCCAGACACACCAGUCUGCUCUCACACAAACCCAGGGUCUGAACCACAUGCCCCAAAGCUGCAGACUUAACUGAAAGCAAGUUACAGAAGUGUUCCUGUCUUUACCAUUCAGAUGCCCAACUCCCAAUGGGGUCUAAACCCCAAAUAAAUUCGUUUUACCUUGUAUGAAGCUUAUCCUGGGUAAACUCAUAAAUUGUUCGCCCUCUAUAACACUGAUAGAGAGAUAUGCACAGCUGUUUGCCCCCCCCCCCGCCCCAGGUAUUAAUACAAACUCUGGGUUAAUUAAUAAGUAAACAGUGGUUUUAUUAAAUACAAAAAGUAGGAUUUAAGUGGUUCCAAGUAGUAACAGACAGAACAAAAUGAAUUACCAAGUAAACUAAAAUAAAACACGCAAAUCUAAGUCUAAUACACUAAUAAAACUGAAUACAGAUAAAAUCUCACCAUCAGAGAUGUUUCAAUAAGUUUCUUUCACAGACUGGACAUCUUCCUAGUCAGGGCACAAUCCUUUCCCCUGGUACAGCCCUUGUUCCAGCUCAGGUGGUAGCUAGGGGAUUUCUCAUGAUGACUCCCCCCUUUUCUCUGUUCCACCCACUUAUAUAUCUUUUGCAUAAGGCAGGAAUCCUUUGUCCCUCUGGGUUCCCACCCUCUCCCCUUCUCAAUGGAAAAGCACAAGGUUAAAGAUGGAUUCCAGUUCAGGUGACAUGAUCACAUGUCACUGUAAGACUUCAUCACCCACUUGCCAGCACACACGUAUACAGGAAGACUCACAAGUAAAACAGAGCCAUCUACAGACAAUUGUCCUGGUUAAUAGGAGCCAUCAAGAUUCCAAACCACCAUUAAUGACCCACACUUCACACAAUUACAAUAGACCCUCAGAGUUAUAUUUUAUAUUUCGAGUUUCAGAUACAAGAGUGAUACAUUUAUACAACUAGGAUGACCACACUCAGAUUAUAAGCUUUGUAAUGAUACCUUACAAGAGACUUUUGCAUGAAGCAUAUUCCAGUUACAUUAUAUUCAUACUCAUCAGCAUACAUUCAUACAAUCAUAUAGAAUGCAACAUUACACACCUCACAGGGAAAAAUCCUUGGCUAUUUGCUUUUGAGGCCGGGCUAGUUAACCGGCAGACUCAUCCAUAUGGCAAUGAUGAUUGCUCCUGUCUGUGGCUGUGCUGCUCUUUCUGGAAGUCUUGGGUGCUGAAGAUCGUGUGCAGUUGGCUCAGUUCUGUUCCUUUAUUAACAAUCUCUUUAAAGUAAUAAACACGUCAGCUCUU